GCUUUUACAACCAACAAGUCUUCUUCCCAUCCUCACUUUUACUUUUAAGUAAUACCAAACUCCAACACACACACAACCGCCGCCAUGCGUUACUCAUUCGCCAUCUUCGCUGCCGUUGCCGCCGCUGCUCCCCAGGUUCAGCCCAUCUCCCAGAUCAGCGAUGGUCAGAUCCCAGGCUCCUCCCGCUACUCCUGCACCCAGGAUACUCUGUCACUCAGUCUGCCAUCGUCCCAGGCGUCACUCCCAUCUCCAACCCCGUCUUGUCGGCCUCCGUUCCCGCUGUGACACCUCCCUGCGCCAGUUGUUCCUUCCGGCAACACUCCCGUCGCUCCCGUCCCCACUCUGAGCGCACCCAUCGUCCCCGGUGUUAACUCCACCGUCCCAUCUGCUGGCACUGGCAUCGCCUCCAAGGCCUCAUCCGCUCUUGCAUCUGCCACAUCCGGUGCUGCAUCUGCCUCUGGCAGCUCGCCUGCCCAGGCCACCGGUGCCGCCGGCAGCAACUUCGUUAGCUUCGGUGGCCUCAUGGUUGCCGUCGGUGCCGCUAUGCUCGCAUAAGCGUGUCGCUCACGGGAUCGAGUCUUUGCUUUGCACACCACGGCGUUAAUACGACCGCAUCGAAAACCUCUGCGGCUUAAUACCUUUUGUUUCUUUGACAAUACCACCGGGCGGCAAUGGGCAUCACGGGGUAUCUAAUGCGAUCAUGGUCUUUUGAUGACACAUGAGGAUCACUUUGUGUACAUGGUUAGAUAGUUCUUCACAUGAAUUGAAUUGAACAUCAUUGGCACCCGAGAGGGACUGCCUUUCAAACUUG